CUCAUGGCCGCGCCCGCGCCGUACGGCGGUGUUGGCGACCGGACCGGAGGGUGGUGGUGGUGGAUGCCGUUUCCUUCCGACACCGGCCACAGGCUCGCAGCAUCAGCGGCAGGCCUUUAUCAGCCAUGACCGCGGUACACCCACCGACCGCCGGGUAAAGAAGUGGCAGACUAAUCCGCUGUUCAUUCCUAACCCCAGCUCUGCUAAAACUCAGCCAGAUCCCACUCCCACUCUCGCUAUCACUCCUGCUCUGCUAGCUCUUCCCCACCACUCUUCUCACUGCCGAGCUCGCUCGUCUCCCUUCCCAAAGCGCGCCACCCUGCCUCACAACUCGCUUGUCCGCUUCGCUGCGGCCGAGGCGGCCUCACAUGGCGCUGCCCCCUCUCCUCCUCCUCAUCCUCCUCCUGCUCGCCUCGCGCGCCGCCUGCGCCCGGGCCGCGCUGCACGACCGCGACGCGGCCGCGCUACGCGACGUGCGCGCCAGCCUUCGCGACCUGCCGGGCUCCCGCUUCUUCGACUCCUGGGACGACGCCGCCGCCGCCACCCCGUGCGCCUACGCCGGCGUCGUGUGCGCCCCCGACGACGAGGACCCGUCCGGGACACUCCUCCGCGUGUCAGUCCUCACCCUCGGCACCGGCCUCUCCGACUCCCCCGGCCUGGCGGGCACGCUCCCCGCCUCGCUCGCCAGCCUCGCCGCGCUCACCGACCUCGUCCUCUACCCGGGCCGCGUCGGCGGGUCCAUCCCGCCCGACCUCGGCGCCGGCCUCCGCCGCCUCAGGCUGCUCUCGCUCUCCGGGAACCGGCUCACCGGCCCGGUCCCCGACUCCCUGGCCGGACUGCCCGACCUGCACACGCUCGACCUCGGCAGCAACCGGCUCGAGGGCGCCGUCCCCUCCGGCCUGCUCCUCCCGUCCUCGCCCAGCCUCAAGGUGCUCAUCCUCGCCAGCAACGCCGGCCUCUCCGGCCAGAUUCCCGCCCAGUUCUCUGCCUCCCAGCUCUUCCACGUCGACCUCAGCCGCUGCUCCAUCGCCGGCACGCUCCCUCCUCUCCCUCCCACCCUCCGCUACUUCUCCGUAGCCGCCAACUCCAUGGACGGCGCCCUCGACGAGGCCUUCUCCACCGCCAGCCAGGCCCCGGCCGACCUGGCCUUCCUCGACCUCUCCAUGAACGACUUCUCCGGCGCGAUCCCGCCGCAGCUCUUCGCGCUCCCGAGCGCCUCCUCGCUGCUCCUCUCCCGCAACAACUUCACCGGCGCCCUGUCUGUUCCGGCGACACCGGCCUCCGCGACGCCGCCGUGGGCGGUGGUGGACGUCAGCCACAACGCCAUCUCUGGCGAGGUGCCGGAGGCGCUGGCGGCGGCGGGGACCCUGUACGUCAACAACAACAAGAUCUCCGGGGAGGUCCCCGACGCGGUGGCGCGCAGCGUCUUCGCGGGGAGGAUGACCACCUUCUACGCGCAGCACAACUUCCUCACGGGGUUUCCCGUGCCGUCGCGGCCGCUCCCGGACUCGGCGGCGCUCUGCCUCUCGUACAACUGCAUGGACCUGCCGUCCGCGUCCGCCGCCGACGGCUGCCCCACCAUCGGCGGGCCCCUCGAGGCCAGGCCCGCCGACCAGUGCCGGAGCGGCGGAGGGUGAUGCCGCCGCCGACGCCGACACUCCGUGGCUCACGACUGGCAGGUGGGGGCUCCGUCGGUGUGGCACGGGCGGCGGGUGACUCGGGUUCACACAUUUUGGUUUUGGUUUUGGUUUUGGGUUUGUCGGGAUGUUGUUUCAGCGGUGGAUUUCAUGUGAUCGGGGUUUGAAUUUAUCCGCCGUCGGGCGGGCAACGGUCACACGGGGAGAGGCCCUCUCGGUUUGGCGUCUUGGUCAGUUCGUGACUGCGUGCGUGAGUGUAGUAGCUAUAGUGGUGUUUCGUGACUGCUUUGGUUUGGUUUGUACGUUGUGUCCAAAGGAAUACGUGGCGACGUCAGCAGGAGCGCAGUAAUGCCAAUUUAAGCAUUUCUGCCCAUGCCCUACCAACCGCAAGAGGACGGCCUAAUGGUGGCGUUGCUGUGUAUGUAUAGCUUUGUAGCUAGCUGGUUGAAUUAAUCUCUUUGUCCUGUUUAUCCCAAAUGUUGAAAUUUUAUAUAGGUUUUCUGCCAA